CUACCUAGGUAUAUACAGUCGCUACGGGCGUUUUCCAGGCGAAGAUAAUAGCCUGUAGCGGGGCAGUCUGCCCCUCAUUUGCUACCCUAUACCCUAAGCCCUAACUCAAGCACAGUAUGGACGUUGUAGGCGUUCGACGCUGGACGCGUAGCAAGUAAGAUUCCUGCAUCAACCUGUAGACAGAGCUAUGUUAUAGAUACAUGUAGAAUUGGUCGAUUAUUUGGAUAGAAGUGCUGUUUCCGUGCCGGGGACGGAAGCGUUGUCCUAGACAUUUUUUUCGCCGCAGUCGGGCAUACUGCAGAGUGGUUCUGCGGUCCGCCCAAAAACUUCGGACAGAACCUCCCCCGCUCACGCUUUUCACCACUCCCCCACGUCUCCGAUACGACUGUUCUGGUUUCUGUUGCGACGCCCAGAGCGGACUCUAAUUCAUCAUGGCGGAUUCCGGAGUUAAGGAGGCUGAGGCCUCCAUGGCCAACCUCCUCCUCGACGAGGUCACCGGCGAAAAGGUCUCCAAGACCGAACUGAAGAGACGCCAGAAGCUCAGAGAGAAGGAGGCCAAGAAGAAGGAGAAGGAAGCUGCUGCCCCUCCCAAGGCUGAGAAGAAGAUUUCUGAGGAGGAGGCGGAGAGCAAUCUCUCCCCCAACCAAUACUUCGAGAUUCGAAGCCAGAAGAUCAACAAGCUCCGAGAGACCAAGAACCCCGACCCUUACCCGCACAAGUUCCAGGUCACCGUAGACCUGCGACAGUACCUCAAGGACUACGAGGGCCUCGCCAAGGGUGAACAGAAGCCUGAUGUGGAAGUGCGCAUCGCUGGAAGAAUCUACACCAAGCGUGCCCAGGGUAACAAGUUGAUUUUCUACGAUGUCCGCGCGGAGGGUGUCAAGGUGCAGGUCGUCUGCCAGGCCCAGAACGCCCAGGGCGACUUCGAGGCCCAGCACGAGCACUUGAGAAGAGGAGAUAUCAUCGGUAUCGCCGGUUUCCCCGGACGAAGCAACCCGAAGAACAGACCUGAUGGAGAGCUCUCUAUCUUCGCUCGGGAGGUUGUCCUCCUGGCACCCUGCUUGCACGCUAUUCCCUCGGAGCACUACGGUCUGCGUGACCAGGAGCAGCGAUACCGCCAGCGUUAUCUGGACCUGAUCAUGAACGACAAGUCGCGUAAUGUCUUCGUUACCCGAUCCAAGAUGAUCACCUAUAUUCGUAACUUCUUCGAUAGCCGUGACUUCAUCGAAGUCGAGACGCCCAUGAUGAACGCCAUUGCUGGUGGUGCCACGGCCAAGCCUUUCAUUACUCACCACAACGAGCUCGACAUGAACCUGUUUAUGCGUGUUGCGCCUGAAUUGUACCUCAAGAUGCUGAUUGUCGGUGGUCUGGAGCGUGUCUAUGAGUUGGGUCGUCAAUUCCGGAAUGAGGGCAUUGACCUCACUCACAACCCUGAGUUCACUACUUGCGAGUUCUACUGGGCCUACGCUGAUGUCUACGAUGUCAUGAACCUCACCGAGGAGCUUGUUUCUGGCCUGGUGAAGCACAUCACUGGUGGCUACGAGACCACUUUCCACACCCAGAGUGGUGAGGUGUACAACGUCAACUGGAAGGCUCCCUGGAGACGCGUCGAGAUGAUUCCGGCUCUCGAGGAGGCCACUGGCGAGAAGUUCCCUCCGGGUGAUCAGCUGCACACUGAGGAGACGAAUGAGUUCCUCAAGAGGAUCCUGAAGAAGACCGGGGUCGACUGCCCGCCUCCUCUCACCAAUGCCAGAAUGCUCGACAAGCUUGUCGGCGAGUUCAUCGAGGAGACCUGCGUCAACCCGACUUUCAUCACCGGCCACCCCCAGAUGAUGUCUCCUCUGGCCAAGUACCACCGCGAGCACCGCGGUCUGUGCGAGCGUUUUGAGGCCUUCGUCUGCAAGAAGGAGAUCGUCAACGCCUACACUGAGUUGAACGACCCAUUCGACCAGCGUCUUCGUUUCGAGGAGCAGGCCAAGCAGAAGGCCGCGGGUGAUGACGAGGCCCAGCUGAUCGAUGAGAACUUCUGUACCAGCUUGGAAUACGGUCUGCCCCCAACCGGAGGCUGGGGUAUGGGUAUUGACCGUCUGGUCAUGUUCCUGACGGAUAACUACACUAUCAAGGAGGUUCUUGCGUUCCCCUUCAUGAAGGAGGACAAGACUGCAAAGGAGGGCGAGAAGCUGGCCGCUGAAGUUGUUGGUGUUGAGCCCAAGCCUGAGGAAGGCAUCCGUGAGUCAUCUCGAGCCCAUUCACAUUGACCUCUCGAACUAACAAUAUUCCACCAGCCCACAAAUAAGCAAUGAACGAAAAAACAGAUCUUGAUGCUCCCUGAUAUUCACGAUCAUGUUGUAUGGAUUAUGAUUUUUUUAAAGGGGGGUAUG